AUGGAAGACACUAAAUUUAUUCUUUCAAUUGACGGAGGUGGGAUUCGAGGUAUCAUACCUGCCAAAAUCAUCGCUUAUAUCGAAAAAACUGUAACUGAAAAAAUAAAAGAAGAGAAUCCUGAAGUUAAUAUAAAAUGUGCAGAUUUAUUUGAUAUCAUUGCUGGUACAUCAACAGGUUCUAUACUUGCCUUAUCACUAACAGUGCCUAACGAUAAUAAUCGACCCACAUAUGAUGGUGAAUUCAUGGUGAAGUUUUAUAAAGAGAAUGGAAAUCAUGUCUUUCCUAGUUUUUCCACUUUUAAGCAUGUCACUAAGGUAUUGAAGAGUGCCGAGGAGCUCAUGUCUAAAACAGAAAAUUUAGUUGAAAAUUUUGUUACCAUGGGACGCAGUAUUGAACAAAAAAUUACCAAAUCAAAUGAAACAGAGAGCAAAGUAGAAAAAAGAACUAGUUUUUUUGGAUUAGGAUGGCUUAUGGGUGGAUCCGGAAAUGAAACCAAGAAUGAAAUCGUAACCAAGAGUAAAACAGUUGAUGAAAACAAAGAUAAAAUCAAAACCACUGAUAUAACUGUGAGUACAACUGAAGAAACUGAAGGGGAAGCAACUUUGGGUUUAAUCAAACCGAAAUAUACUCCUGAUGGUCUUGAAAGUUUAUUAGAAACUUAUUUCGGAGAAUCUAAAAUCAAUAAGACUGUAAACGAUGUAGGAAUAUUUAUUACAGCAUAUAAUAUUACCUCUUGUGAACGUACUUUUUUUACCGAAAAAGAUGACUUUCGCAUUCAAGAUGUUAUACGAGCAAGUUCUGCCGCUCCUACAUUUUUUCCAGCAAAAGAAAUAUCUUCAAAUUUGUAUGUAGAUGGCGGUGUUUUUAUGAAUAAUCCAACUACCAGAGCAUAUCUCGAAGCAAGGAAAAGGUUUCCAAAAUCAAAAUUUGUUGUAGUUUCCCUUGGUACUGGAUACUACAAAACUUCUUUAAAUGAUCUCGGAAAUUCCGGUGCUCUUCAAUGGUUACUACCCAUAAUUGAUCUUUUAAUGGAUGUGGAAGUCGCAAAUCAUGAUGAUACAAUGAAACUUUUGGCUGAACUCGAUGGUGUAAAAUAUUAUCGAAUUCAACCGAAUUUGGAUGAGAAACCUAAUAUGUCUGAUGUUUCAAAAGAAGAAGUCGAAAAACUUACUAAUUUAGGCGAUGAAACUAUUAAAGAUCCUACUUAUAAAUUAGAUGAAAUAGUUGAUUUGCUUGUUGAUAAAUGUAAAAAGAAAAAAAUCUACCCUACUGUAAAUUAA